GCAAACGGCCAUGCAACUCGUAAGCUUUUCCACAGAAUGUUCUGAUAGUUGAGAAUGGAGUACAUUGAUUCGUCGCUGCUGGUGAAUGUGCGUGAAGCGGUGUUGGAGUGUCUGCAGGCUGUGCUUGAUCCACACGACGACGUUCGUAAAGCAGGAGAAGAACAUUUACGAGUUUUGGAAGUGAAAGAUGAGUUUUGUGUGACGUUGUGUGACGUCAUUACGGACACUUCAAUGCCACAAAGUAUCAGACAGCUUGCAUCUGUUGUUUUGAAACACUACGUUGAAAUUCAUUGGUCAAAGUUGGCUGAGAAGUUUGUUGAGCCUGAACCUUCAGAGAGAGUGAAACAAAUUGUUCGACGUUCAUUACCAGCAGCUUUGUCGGAUCCCGAGGCUCGAAUCAGAUCUACAGUGGCAUAUGCUAUAUCAGCAAUAGCUCAGUGGGACUGGCCUGAGGCAUGGCCUGAUAUAUUGGACACGCUCAUAACAUCUCUGUCUAGUGGAGAUGCCAAUCUCAUUCAUGGUGUUCUUAGUGUGCUGACAGAAUUUGCAGCCGAAGUAACUGACAUUCAGAUGCCACUGGUUGCACCACUCAUCUUUCCACAUCUCUACAACAUCAUUACUAAUGUUGAGGUCUACAGCAUUCAAAACAGAAGGCGAGCUGUGGAAAUUUUUACUGGUUUUUCUGCAGUCAUUGGUGCCAUGGCUGAGAUACACAAGGAUGCUGCUUCUACUCUUCUUUUUCCUGUACUAUCACAAUUUCUUGAAACAUUUAUUCAGUGUUUCUCAGUAUCUGAUGAGUCGUUUGUCAAUUCUGGUUUGAAAAAAGAUAUUCUAGAGGCUAUUGUUGGCUUGAUGAACCUCUUUCCAAGCCAAGUUUCUGCUCACUUUUCAAGGUUGCUGCCAAAAGUGUGGGACCUGUUGACUAGCUGUGCAGACAGGUAUGUAAGGAUGAGAGUAAAUUGUGGAGAUCUAUUGGAUUACAUUGAAGAUGAUGAGCAAGCUGUCGAUUUUGAAAACUUGAUUUAUGCUGUUUUCUUGUUCAUUGAGACGUUGAUGGCACUACCAAAAUUUCGAGUUAUACUUAAAAGAUCUGUUGAUCAGUUGGUUCCAUAUCUUCUCGUUUACUUGCAGAUUACAGAUGAUCAGGUGUCAACAUGGCUUGGUGAUCCGAAUCGAUUUGUUGAAGAUGAGGAUGAAGACACUUUGUCUUAUUCUGUCCGAAUAGCUGCAGAAAAUCUUUUGCUGUCUCUCUGUGAUGAGAAACAGUUGGCAUUCUCAACUGCCAAGGCCGUGACAGUUGCAAUAAUACAUCACAUGGAAAUGAUCAAGAACAGUCAGACUGACAAUAACUGGAAGAUGUAUGAAUCAUGCAUGUUAGCUCUUGGUGAUGUGCAUGACGUUGUGUCAACAGGAAAGACUGGGUUUGAUGUUCUUGGCUUUCUCAGUUCUGUGGUUCUCAAACAACUGACAUCUGAUGUUUCACCGUUUCUGAUUGGACGUUGCUUGUGGUUGAGCAGUAAAUUUGCAGGCGUGAUGCCGCAUGACCUUUGUGUGAAGUUUGUUGAAGCUUGUGUGUCAGGUCUUGGUGAGACAUUCCAUCCUGCUAUUAGAGUGUCAGCUGUUCGAGGACUACAAGGAUUUUGUUCUCACCUUGAUCGUGAGAAGCUGCAACCCUACCUCAGUGCAGCUGUUAAUGAAUUGGUUACUCUUGCCACUCAGUCGGAUGAAGGUGUUUUAGAGCUUGUCCUUGACGUUAUGUUGGUAGCAAUCAAGGUAGACCAGCAGCUGACAGCCAGUUUGGAGAGUCGCUUGUCUCCUCUUGCUAUCGCUCUGUUUUUGAAGUAUAGUCAUGAUCCCAGUAUGAUGUCUAUUAUUGAAGAACUCUUUGCUGCAUUGGCAGCAAAUCCACUUGUGUUACAGCCACUGCAAGCUCGAGUUUUCCCAACUCUAGUCAGCAUUUUAAAAGCGUCGCAAGGCAAUGCAGUGUCUGGUCUCAUAUCUAGCUGUCUAGAUGUUCUUGUUCCAAUUAUUCGAAAUUCCAAUCCGCUACAACUUGUGUUUGUAACAGAGCUUUUUCCUCUUGUUGUUAACAGGACAGUCAACACUGAUGACAACUCAGUUAUGCAGAGUGGAUGCGAUUGCUUAAGAGCAUAUGUAGCCAAAGCAGUUGAACAGCUGGCUUCCUGGCAUGAUGACAGAGGACACAGUGGUAUUGAGUAUGUUGUGGAAGUUGCCAGUCAGCUGCUUGAGCCCGGGAGGUCUGAGUUCUCUGCAUUGCUAAUUGGUCGUCUCAUCUCUACGUUGGUCCACAAGGCUGGUCAAUACUUGUCUGGAGCAAUAGAACCUCUUUUACGGAGUGUGCUCAGUAAACUACAACAAGCACAAACACAAAGUGUCAUUCAGUCUCUUCUUGUUGUGUUUGCUCAACUGAUGAUUUCUCAACUGGAAGAUGUUCUGAAGUUUUUGGAGAGUGUUCCAAGUCCUACUGGUGACAGUGCUUUACAAUUUGUGCUGACAGUAUGGUGUCAGUGGCAACCUUACUUUUACGGAGCAUACGAAACAAAAGUUAGUGUAAUUGCACUUGGAAAGCUGUUGGAGUAUGGAGUGAAGAGCACUACUCGUCAGUUGUGGGACAUUGCAGUGAAGGGUGAAGAAUUAAUGUCAGUAUCACAAUCACAAGGAAUACGAACUCGUUCUAAAGUCAAGAAAGUGCCAGUGGAUUGUGCAUACACAAUGGUCCCUGCUCCUGUAAAGGUGUACAAGUUGCUGUUGAACGAAGUACAAAGUCUACUUGAGUUUAGGCAGUCACAGCAAGCAGAAUUGGCAGCUCAGUUGAAAUCAAAGCUUAGCAAUGAUCGAGAUGAUGAUGAGUGGGAAGAUGCAAGUGGUGAUGAUGAAGAUGAGGAAGAAGAAGAAAAUGGAUUCAUACCAUUAGAUGAAGCUCUAGUUAGAAAUUUAGCAGAUGAUGAAGAAAGUGAAGAUGAAGAUGCUACAGAAGAUCCUACUUAUCACGUUGAUUUGCUGGUCUAUCUAAAGGAACUGAUUACAAGCUUUCUCACUCAUCCUUCAUAUGCUGAUUUUGACAGCCACUUGACUCCAAUGGAGAGACAGAACGUCUCUCAACUUGUAUCAUGAUCUUUCUACUUGACUCUUAAAUUUAGUUUAAUUUGUCUGUACGUCUUUAUGUAUCCUACUUGCCAGUA